AGGCUCUUUCUGGCUUGGGCUGCCUUGGGAACGUGGCUGCACAACAUCGUAACUGCAAAUCAAGGUAAAAAAAACCAAGUAGUUUCCUAAUAAGAGGGUGUCAAUCUAGAAAUCUUGCGUCUAACGUUGAGUUUUCGUCGUCUUAACCGUACCAAUACAAACAAAAUACAAAAAGAAUGUCGCUUUUUUGGCUCAUAUACGCACAGGACGAAAUAACGUGUUUCCGUAUUUUGUAAACUCGACUGAAACGUGCAGUUGCUUAAAUCCGUCUCGUUUCCGCCCUGCGGAAACAUGGUGAUCUAGUUUUCCGUGGACGGGACGCGUUUCCGUUAUGUUUCCUAGUCGGAAACGAACGAUCAUGUUUCCGCCACAUUUCUGUUAGCACAUUUCCGUUCUUUCUUGUUUCCAUUACGUUUCCGGCGACCCAUGUCCAAGAUCGCAUGAUAAAUGUUUCAGAAAUUUUGGCUCUGCGUACAAUCAAGGUGAAUAAAGGUAAAUUUACUCUCGAGAUCGGGCCAUUAAACGGUCAGGCUCAUGCAUUAAAUACUCGCGCGCGUUGCAUUGAUGCAACGACUAUGAAGUGCGCGAGGUUGCCACUGUUUUCGAUUCUAAGUGAUUAAAAUGGCAGAGAAUACCAACAGCUGUCGAUAGUUGUCAGAUUGAUCUCAAUCAGUACUGGCAUAAAAGUAAAAUGAUCUUAGACAUCUUAGGCUGAGAAAACAAGAAAGAAUGGGGAGAAUGGGGCCUAGAACAGAACGGAGUGCUGGUCAGCGGACGUUUCUUUUGCUCAUGCUCAUUGCGGUCGUUCUUUUUGGCGUCCAUUUUGAAAGUGAUUGCAACGGCUUCAAAUUUGCCAGCUUCUGUAGGUUCUAGGAGCGUAGAGUCAGUAUAUUUUUGCUUUCCGAUUGCACCACAAGACAUCUAAGGGUUGUUAUGUAUAUUUGUCGACCCAUCGGCCUUCAGUAGUCGAUCGCUUCCCUCGUAAAGCGACCCUUUUCUGACACUGGCAGGAUGUGAGAGAAAAACCUCGUGAUGGCCAAGAAUAAUUUGAAAGUUGGAGUGUUUGAUUGUGCCAAGGAUAUCCAAGACUGAAUAUUGUGAUGGAGAAUACAGAUAGCACGACGAGGUAAGCUGCCCUGACACCAAAUCUAAGUUUCUUUAACCACUGAUCAAUAACUACUAGUACUUAGCAACUUAAAGGAGCAGUGUCACGAAAUUUGUCAAAACUACAGCAGUGGAAACCACCACCAAUCUCAGUGAAACAUAAAAAUACUGCUCAAAACAUGAAAAGAAGUUUUAAGUAACAAAGCAAAGAGCAAGAGUGAGUACAAAUAAAGAUUUUUGUUAGUGUAAAAAUGAGGAACAGAUGGACAGACUUAAAGAAAGUUGAAAAGGAUGGCAAUUGGUCCUUUUGAAACUUGUUAGCUUGACAGUUUUCCAGAUUUCAUUUUUGUGGUCUUCAGUGUUUGAUAUAAUGCUUGGGAGACAUAUGUUUGUUGACACAAAGCUGUGAUUGAUAAGUAAUUUCUCAAGUUUCAUAGCAAAUGCGAUAUGGACAUGUGUAAGUGUAAUUACAGUUGAUUUCACAUGACCUUACUGCACCACGUUGCAAAGUUCGCUGGCAAAUUGGAUAGUACUUUGCAGAGUAGCCAAUACCAUGGCGAGUUAGGGAAUCAAACUGCGAACUUUGAGACGUAGUAGUUAACUUUGGUGCUACUGAACUUCAUAACUUAAUUUACCGAGAAAGACAGUAACAAAUUUCGUCGAUCAAUAAUUUGUGCAUACAGGAAGGCCCUACACAGAGUUUUGUGAACGACAAAGAUCAAGUACAGUAUGUAUACUACAGAAAUACAAAACCAGUUUGUCAAAAAUUAGGUUAUUGACCCACAAAGGUUCAAUUAGUCGUGUAGUGACACUCGAUUUGGUUUACUCAUACAAAAAGUUGACAAUAGUUCCAAAGGAGUGCUUAUAAUAUAAUAAUGCUUUACUGAGAAUGCUCAAGAUAAACUUGAAGAAUAUUUAGAUGUUUGCAGUAACUGUGAUCCCAGGAAUAGGGCCUUUUUUAACAAGAACUCAGUGAUUAAUGCAACUGGGAAAAGAAGUUACGCUAGACCGGGAGUAGUCAAUCGAUAAAACUUGGUAUCGAUAAAAAUCAAUGGCAAUCAAGUGAUUUUUAUCGAUUGAUAACGGAAAUCGGUUAAAAUCGAUAAACUAAAUUGCUGUGUCAAAUUGAUAUUCAAAUUUUAAAAGUUUUCGGGGAAAGAGGCAGAUUUAAUUUAACUUGUCCUUCCCAAGAUAGUGUAUAUCCUGAAUGUGUGAGAAAUGCUUUUACACUCUGUUUAUUUUAAUAUUCUUAAUUAGGGUUAGAAGAAAAAAUGUAUUUAUUGUACUGAAUAACUUCACAAUCUUUUCCAUCGCUCUUUACGUCUAUUUAUUUGUAUACAGUGUUUUUAGAAUGUUAGAUUUUUCUUUAUCUCAAGAGCAAAACGGGUGACUUUUCUAUCGACCUGCCUUUUGAACGUUUUUUCAUCACCUUUUUUUCGAAAGCAGACCAUGAUCAGAAGGCUUUUUCAUCAGUCAAGCUAAAUCUACGUAGCAGAAUAACAAACGCUAAAAUUCUUAGACUUGGAGUCAGUUUCAGUCGAAGGUUCUAUCGACCUGCCUUUUCGGAACGUUUUUUCAUCACCAUUUUUUCGAAAGCAGAUCAGAAGGCUUUUUCAUCAGUCAAACUAAAUCUACGUAGCAGAAUAACAAACGCUAAAAUUCUUAGACUUGGAAUCAGUUUCAGUCGAAGAUUCUAUCGACCUACCUUUUCGGAACGUUUUUUCAUCACCUUUUUUUCGAAAGCAGAUCAGAAGGCUUUUUCAUCAGUCAAACUAAAUCUACGUAGCAGAAUAACAAACGCUAAAAUUCUUAGACUUGGAGUCAGUUUCAGUUGAAGGUUCUAUCGACCUGCCUUUUCGGAACUUUUUUUCAUCACCUUUUUUUCAAAAGCAGAUCAGAAGGCUUUUUCAUCAGUCAAACUAAAUCUACGUAGCAGAAAAACAAACGCUAAAAUUCUUAGACUUGGAAUCAGUUUCAGUCGACAUUGUUUUGGGUCCAGACUGCACUGAGGCUAACCUUAAACUAACUUACCAAACUUUGAAGAAAAUCAAUAUCUAGUACAAUUUUAGACGCGUAUUUUCAUGCAUUCUAUUGAACUAGGAAAGAGAACUUGAAAAGUGACAAGAAAAAUGCAACUGCGUUGUUGUGCUUACGACACAAACGAUCAUGUACGACAACAUCGCCUAGCUUUAGUUUGUGCCUGCCCAAGUGGGUGGGGGACGUGUUUCUCGAAGCUCAUCAGUUGGAAAUAAAAAAAAAAUUUUCCAAACAAAUCUAUCUUACAAUUCGGUGCCGUCUAAUUUUGGUUUAAGGGCCUUACAGGCUCUUUCUCUUACACUGAACUUUAAAUCAAUAAUUAAACGAGUGUGUAACUACAUCAAUUUGACGUUGCCGUGGAGACAACAAAGUUGGAGCAGAAGCUUUGAAAUACAACAAUUUACUCUCGCAACUUCUCUCUCGAUCGAUAAUUUCUGAUCAUUUCGCAGAUACUCCAUUUCCAAAGUUUUUUUGAAAUUUAAUCGUGGAAUAUUUAACUUCUUAACAUGCAUGGCAACCUGUUCUUGUAUCAUUUUCCCUCACCAAGUUCGUCCGAAUAAAAAAUAGUUUCCUUCUUAUUCCGACGACACAAGAAAAACAGAGACAAAAGAGAACUACUACGCCUUUCUCUUAUUGCUCAGAGGUUAUUUGUAAAUCAUUAGCCAGGCGUGUCCCGUCUUAAUUCUAGCUAAGUUAAAAAGACUUGAGCACAAAAUUGGCUCACUGAUUUCGGUGAUAGUGUGCCUGAGGAUAUUUUGCAAAUAAAGGGUGUCAAGGGGCUUUUUCUAAUUGUCUUUAACCUACGCUAUUUGACAAAUAAAAGACACCAAAGGCUGUUUUACGAUUAAAACUGCCGACAAAAAAGGGCAUAUAUCGCUCCCAUCAAAAACUUGGCUUUUUCAACUCGAAUUGUCACGUUUCAAGAAUUACGACAGCUAAAACUAAAACUGAAUUAAACCUUGCGGUUGUCUUACUGUAAAGGGAUAUUUCUAAAAAGGCCAGUAUUAGUUUUAAAGAGAUAGGAUCGUGCCUUAAAUCAUAAGAAGGUCUGAACGUCUCUAAUGCCUUGCUACGCUGCAACUUGCCCAGCGCAGUCUAUAAGUAACUGACUAAAGUUCACCCACAGGUAGCCCAAGCUCACUAUGAGAGCCCUGAGCAACAUUAUCCAUUAGCUAAUUAAUUAUUGAUACGGCAACAUUUAUAAGGCUUUGUAUGAGAGUUAUCCUAUUUCUCUAUAACUGAGCGAAACGUACAUUAAAUUUUUCCUUUUAAGCCUGCACUUAGUAUUUUCUAAUGUUUAUUUGUGUGUUGACUGCGUUUCAUGCCUGUUAGGAUGCCAACUGAACCUAAGAAUAGCACUACCCUUCUAGGCUGAUUAAUUAUUCACACGGCAAGAAAAUUGUAGGACGUUGAAUGAGAAAUAUUCUUUGCUCACUAAAUUAAUAAAAUGUGCAUUGAAUAUCGCUUUGAAGCUUACCUUUAGUCUUUUUAUGUUUUUCUUUGUAUUCUGACCGCAGUUCAGAUCUCCUAGGCACUUUUUAAUGCAUUUUUUUGGGGGGGCGGGGAGUGAAAAACAGGUGGAUGGGGGAAGACAGAGUUUAUUGCAGCCACCUAUACCUCACUGUAUGUAGAGGUCGCCCCAUGCAACGGAAUCGAAGACAAUCUUGGAUUCCGGAUUCCAUGCUGUGGAUUCCGAAUUCCAGGUACUGACAGAUACUGGAUUCUAAUCUUUGUCAAUAGAACUUGGAUUCUGAAUUCCAAUUCACGGUUAGUGGGAUUCCGGAUUCCAAAGCCCGGGAUUCCACAUUUCUCGAGCAAAAUUGUACCGGAUUUCGGAUUCCACAAGCAGAACUUCCCUGAUUCCGGAAUCCGACUUCCCUUUUCAUUGGGAGAUAGAGGAAUGUUGAAGCAGUCACAUGUUGUGGAACUUAUAAACUAUUUUGAACAACUCUCUCUUUGUAGGUUGCAGCCAAAAUCGACGCCUGAAGUUUUCUCCUCCAGUAAAAGACGAUUAUCUUCAAGGGCACGUCUUCUAUAAUAUUUCUUUUGAAGCCCACAUAUCAUGUGAAGCAGAAUGUCUUCUCCGGAAAGAAUGCGUGGUAAUUAACAUUGGUCCAACAAUUAAAGGCAUUAAGGUCUGUGAGUUGUGUAACUCAGAUCACCUACAGCAUCCAAAUGAUUUAAAAUCAAGACGCGGCUGGACAUAUAGGGGAACAGAGGUAGACUGAAUUAUAAAUUAUAUGUUACCAGCGAUAGUGCUGUCAUAAUUAUAGAGAUAAUAAUGAUAAGAGUUUAAGAAGGCGAUGAUCUAGCUUGUAUAACGUUAUAGUGAAGAUUACGAUGAUGAUGAUGACUAUGACGACGCCGACGCCGACACCGAUAAUCUUGAGAAGAGGGAAGUUGACUAAGAUGGUACUUAAAAUUUUUAUAAAGUGAUGAUGACAUAUUUAACGAAGAAUUUAUUGAGCAGGAACUUCUGAACUGCUACACUUAAAUGCCAAAAAUACCUGGUACGUGGUUUUUAGUAGUCCAGUUUAUGUUGCUUUUGGCCUACAAGCCAAGAUCAGCCAAAGUUUAGCCCAUAUCCUCCUUGAAAUGCUUUGCCUCAAUUAAAAGCAGCAAUGGCCCCAGCGAGACUGCAACAAAGACGUAUAGGUUUAGGAAAACAACCAGCAGAAAAGACCUGACCGGUCUAUGAAAAGGCAAGGAUGUCUCUGUGGCUAUGAAGAUGAGGCAAGUCAGGAUCCUUGAGUGAAUGUCAUCAGUGUUUCAUAUGGAGCUGAUCACGGUUACAGGACUAAAUGCGUCAUUUUUGGCAACAAACAUUUUAGGUUCUAGAAACUGUCAAAUUAUUUAAAUAUGCAAACUCAUAAGAUAAACAAUCCCUUAAUUAACUAGUGUUUAUUAUGGGGGAGAUGGACUGCUGAUAUUUUCAUAUGUCAACAGUUUAUCUUUCCCAUAUCAGCUGAAUCAGCAAUUUGCAUUCGUUUUCCUUUAUAAUUAAUUUCUACCUUAAGCGUUAACUGUAUAUGUUAAUGAUGGAAAACCUAUAUAAUCUGAUAGUAUAAAAGUAAAGGAAAUCUGUAGUCAAAAGGAGAGAAAGAAAAAGAGAAGCAAGCGAAAGAAAGAAAAACAAGGAUCGAUUUCAUCUCCCAUUUUCCAUCAAAGCGUCGGUUUUUUGAGUUUUUCAGGCAAAAUAGUCGCAUAUCAAGAAUUGUUUUUCGUAGUGACGCUACCAACGAGCUCAGCGCAACCAAAACGACAAAGGAAACGAGAAAAAUAAAAAGAGAAACAGGUUUAAUAAUAUAAGCAAAGCAAAAACUCUGAACGUGCAGCACACUUUUCGGGUAGAUUUUUUUCAUCAUUGCACGACUAACGUUGUCAAAAUUGAAUGAAAUGGCAAUGCAAUUGUCGCUUUAACCCUUUCACUGCCAAAUGUGGCCAAGGGCAAAAUUCAACAAAAAUUUCCAAAUUUUAUUUUAAAAUUUUGAAAAACAAAUAGUACCAUGUAAAAGUACAGGAAGAAAGGUUUCAUUUGAAUGGUCACACCAUAGGUUUUCGUCCACCGACUCAAAAGUUAGAACCCCCUUACACAACUCUUAAUUUAUUCACUCUGGCAGUGAAAGGGUUAAUCUGUAUGAUCGUCCCUUCAACAGCGAGGAUCGUCGCGACUUUGAUAUCGUCGGAAGUAUCCAGAGGCUCAAUUACGUAACUAGACUGCAAAGCAGUUGGGUUUUUUGCAGUCAAGGAAAAGCCUCCAGUUCCUUUCUCGGCUGGUUCGCUCUCUCGAGCUCUGCCAAGCCUCGAUUCGACACAGCUGUCGACAGACUGAAAAGGGAAAUGCUCGAAGUCUACAAAAUAAUAGUAAAAUGUCAUUAAGUCUCAACUACGCUUUUUUUUUUCACUAGAAUAUUUGUGUACACAAACCUUGCUUGAACAAUGGAAAGUGUUUUCUUGGAUAUACAGACAAGAAGUUCCUUUGCGAAUGCCAGUCUGGUUACACGGGAGAACGCUGCGAAGCAGGUGAUUAUGUGGCCAGCAAACGCAGACAUAUCCAGUCCCGUUUUCGCUUGACUGCACCACAAAGAAUACUUUUCGGGCAGAAACAAACUGGAAAUACGUCCACGUAAACUGUUCUCUCAUACACGGAAUCGCCAGCUGGUAAACUAGAAACUUACCGUGGCUCGCAGCUUCGAGAUCCUUCCUUACAAAAACGAAGGUGUAUACCACCCAAAAAUGGAGAACAAGUGAAUGUUGCUUACUAAGAACUAAUCAAUAUUGUCAAGGUUAAAAAAUAUGUGUGCCCGAGGGGUUGGGUCGGGGAAGGGGGGAGAUUCCGCAGCAUGCAAAGUUUUAUCCUGGGAAGCUCUGCCCUAAGCAAAAUUUUUUCGACUUUUUCACUGAAUUAAAAUCCUUUUACAGACCGAAAUGACACAGACUUCCUUACCCUCUCAUAUACUUCAACUAUUGAAAUCCUUACCCUUUUAUACACCUGGCCCCGGUUGUUCAAACGUUGGAUAGCGCUGUCCACCGGAUAAAUCACUAUCCAGCGGAUAGCGUAAUUGAUUUCCGUAAUACCUACCCACUGGAUAGUGAUUUAUCCGGUGGAUAGCGCUACCCAACCUUGGAACAACCGGGGCCUGAAGUCUGGAAAAGGUACCUCUUUUGCAGUUCGGGCGGAGCUUCCCCGAAUAGGCCAUUAUAGGGGGUACCCCCGGGAUUAAUAUUUGCUCUUCUUGCAAUGACUGAAACAAUCAGUCUUCCCUAGGCCUGAAGUAAUCAGCAUGCUACAAAAUUGAUUAUUUUCUUGCGUUGAAUGUCUAGGUUUAUACACGAUGUACGAGGUUGGUGGCUUGCAUUGUUUUCUUUUUUUUUUUUUUGUAGACCUGGACGAAUGCAAGGAUAAAACUCAUCAGUGUGACGUAAAUGCGAACUGUACCAACAUUCCUGGCUCAUAUAACUGCACGUACAGGCCUGGCUACACAGGCAAUGGGAGCAUUUGUAAAGGUAAAAAUUUGGGAAGACCUAAGAUAACAAUGACCGCAACCAGCGCUGGGGUCAAUUUAAUAAAACUUUUACUCGUGCAAUUUACAAGUGUAGCUUUUGUUCUCAGACUCUAAAACAAUAGCUAUGAGUUUUAUUAAAUUGACCCCAAGUUGUGGUGUCCAGUGGUUUUAGUAAAAACAAGGGUUUGGGUGGGAAGCUCAUAAAACCUAGUCUCGGUCAUUCUUAUUGACACGCCUUUAUAGAGUCGGGGCUUAUAGCUCCCUUUGGUAGUACUCCCUUUGAUACUCUUUCCCUAGUUACACUUACACGGCUUAAAAAACCAAGAUGGUCACCUGUCACAGCACUAAGCGCUCGAUCUCAGCGAUCUUAGGGAAGCAGUCUUUGAACUUCAUCUUUUUCAUAUUUCUUUGAUUCCAAUGUGGGAGGUAGGUUUAUGUGUAAUUCUGGCAUUUUGUUUUUUCAGAUGUAGAUGAAUGUGCUGACAACUUACAUGACUGCAACGACACUCAUGCAAACUGUACAAACAUCCCUGGAUCCUAUAGCUGUGUUUGCAACCCACUAUAUUAUGGAGAUGGAAAAACGUGCAUAUUAAAUACACGUGAGUUAAGUGUAUUAAGCCAAGAAAUAUAAAAUGAUCCGAGUGAAGGUUGGGGGGAAUGGGGUUGAUGGCUUAGUUGGUACUGCGUCUUAGAUCCUAUUGACGUUUAGAGAAGGUAGCAACUACUUUAGGCCCUCUAUAGGGUGGAUUUUACCCUGCGAGCAGAGUCUCCUUCGAUCUUCCUUGUUAUCUAGGAAGAUCGAAGGAGACUCUGCUCGCAGUAAAAAUCCACCCUUACUCUUGGUAAUCAAAUUAUUAUAAUUACUUAUGCAGUUGCGAAAAGAAAGGACUGAAAAAAAUUCAGGCUUGUCUCUAACCAAUUGAGAAGGCAAGCCAUCUUGGAGCUGGUUUUUAUAAAAAUGGGUCAUUCCCUGGGUUCAAACCUUUCACAAAAAUAGGUCAUCUCCGAAUUAUCACUUUCAAAAUGAGGUUGAGUGCAAAAUCUUUCUUGUGAAAAGGACUUUUAUUUGCAUGAGAAUAAAAAAUCAUUUUCAUAUUGCACUUAGCCUCGCUUGGAAAUAGAGGCUUAGAGCAACUGUUGGUUCGCAAUAUACCCGGGAAAGAUUACAGCCGGGCUUUCUAACUGUAGAGCAGUUUUGGAUUAGUGACGGCAUAUAUGCAAAAGAAGUGAGGAACCUAAACGCAGAGCUCAAGUUCACUUGGAGGAUUCUUGAAGGCAAAUGAGCCGCAGUAUUUAGUAAGAAUUGUUGCAAGCAUUCAUGAUAAUAAAUUUAACUGUUUUCAUGUACGAGCCUCUCUAUUGGCGAGUAACUGCGGACGUCGUUUUCGUCGCCCUUUUCCCAUCAAAUCGUCGGCUUUUCAACGAAAUCGUCGCAUAUCAAUAGUUGUUUUGCAUGGUAACGCUACUAGGGAGCUCGAACAACCACAAUGACGGCAAUGUAACGUGAAAAUAAAAAAAAGCUUAAGCAUGCAACAGGUCUGAUUGAUAAACAGAAAAAAAUACCCGAACGUGCAGCACACUUUUUGGCAAUUUUGCUUGCCAUUGUUGCACGAGUAACGUUGUCAACCUUUAUCGAAAUAGCAAUGCGAUCGUACCUUUAGCCCCCGUCCCGCGGACGUAUCCGGGUAUUUUUUAAUCCACAAAUUUUUCUUUGCGGAUUCAAAAAUUUCCACGUCCACACGUAUCCGUAUUCAAAUCGAAUUUGCCCGUCCACACGUAUCCGGAUUCACUCUCAGUUCGUCAGCUAAUUUGUAAAGCGAUCUUCGACUCACGCGAAAAAUUUAAAUCGCCAGUCUGUUUCACUGAUAAAAUUGUCCCAUCAAGCACUAUAUUUCAAGAUUUCUUUUUUAAGGUGGUCUUAAUGCAUCAACUAUUCUUGGCAACGACAGUAGGUACUUGGAGAAUUUGACGUUGUUUUUAGAGCCCGUGAUCAAUAGCUCAGUCCGUAGUAGGUUUGUGAGGUGUUGGCACGCUAAAGAGGACGGCUGGGCGGCGUCUACGUUCCACGGCAACUGUGAUGACAAGGGACCUACUGUAACUAUCAUUCAAGUCAGCAGUUUCAUAUUUGGUGGAUACAGUGACGUAUCAUGGAAAGUUCCUGGUGAGUACAUGUACCAGGAGAAUUAGGACUUUGUUUUUUUUGUUUGCUAACAUUGAAGAACGAUAAAGUGGUACAGCGGCGUUUGGCUUGAGUACAUGUACUGUUAAAGAAAAGGAUGUUUUUCUGCUUACGUACAACUCAAGGCGAAAAAGUAAUUCCUUAGCAAUCAGAAUUGGCCAUUUUCAUGAUGACGUCACUUGAUACAACUAUCAGAAGUUUGUUUUUCUCUAAUUCACCAUUUAAAUUAAAUUAUCCCGGUCAGGUUUAAAUCUUAUAAGAAUCGAUUUUGAAAUACAUUUUAAAACAAAAGUCAAUGAUAAAAAAGAAGCUUGUCUUCAUGUCAUCGUUAUCAAAGAGAGUAAAUACUUCCACGAAUCAUGUUAAUUUCAUAUCUUUUGAUAAUGAUGAUAUGAAACCAUCGAAACGACAAGUUACUUUUUUAUCGUUGAUUUGAGGUUUAAAUCACAACAUCAAUAAACAAAAUCUUGCAAAAUUUGGUUUCCCCCUCUCCUUACAAACACCUUAAGGGGCCACUCCACAGGAGAGGACGCCUCUGGUCCGCCCAGCUUAAUUUUACUGAAUUAUCUUUAAAGUUCUCUAACUAUGUAGUGCGGACUCUUUUUAAUGAAGCAAAGUGUCGCUUAAGAACUACCCCCCGGGUCACGGUAGUCAGGAGGAUAAAAAGGAAAAUUUUUCCAUUGUAAAAAGCUAAUGUUGUAGUCACAUCCAUGAACAUUCAUGUCCAAAAUUACCUUUAAAAGCUGAAUGAAACACGGAAUCAAGUGGUUCAGCCAUGCAGAGGUUGAAAAAAAUUGUAUUAGAUGCAUGUGUGAUACCGUCUGUCAUUUGUAUUUUAUGGACUUCAGGUAGGUUUCAGGUUCUGUCAUAAUUCGAUAGAUCUGAAUUUAGUUACGAUUCUAGUUUGCAGAAAUCUCUUUUCAGGACAAAAACCCUGGUCUUUUCUACUAACACUGAGGGAUUCCAGUUUAGGGAGAGCUCCCUUUCUGCUCAUAGUAGUUUGUUACUGCAUUAAAACUGCCUAAUUUUCUAGAAUUAUAAUUCUCUCCUCCCCCACUAAUUUCAAAGUCACUACAGUGUCAUUACUGCACUCAGCAAGACAACAAAUGGAUGUGUGGCUCAUGACACUUUUUUAGGAAUAUUGAAAAAUUUACACAAAUAGAGCAAAUUUUAAAAAAAUUACAGUAAUGCAUGAGUUGUCUAGGAAUGUUUGUAUGUCAAGCCGGACUUGCACUCACUAUUUUAAACUGAAGUCCGGAUCGUUGAAUAUUCCCAGAAGUUAAUUUUCUAUGAGCGCCUUUAGUAAGGUCAGUAAGAAUUGUAAAAUGUCGUUAUUAUCUCCCAGGUUAUUGUUCGUCUGGAUAUUCAAGUAAAGCCUUUAUCUACUCAUUGACCAAUAACAACGGUUCUGGACACGCUGUUUACAAUCCUGUUAAGCUUCGAGUCAAGUCAGAUAGGAAUGCUGCUGUAAUCAGGUGUGAUAGAUGGGGACCAGUAUUUGGCUUGGGUGAUAUUCUCAUAUCAAACAACUCUGCUAGUAACCAGGAUUCUUAUACUUAUUGUGGAAGGAGCUACCCCCUCCCCCCAGGGUAUUCUUUAUCUGGUUUUAACUGUAAAUUCUAUGCUGGAAGCUACAAAUUCACGCCAACAGAUAUCGAAGUAUUCUAUGAAACUACCACUUAAAGAACUGUACCCUAAGCUUUUGACUUUGUGCUUUUCAUUGUUGUUGUUUGUUUGUUUAUGACGAUAUGACUUUAAUGUAACGCAAUUUGAGCUCCUCCGCAUCCUUCGAUCCAGUUUCCCCUCUUCUUUACUUCCCAUCAUCCCUCGCGCCCUUAUCCGUCCGCUCCGCAGGGGACCAAGCCUUCUUCUUUCACUUUAGGGUCUCUGUGGGUAGGUAAGACAGGUAACAUUAAUAGUAGCCCCAGUAUAGAUAACACGCCAAGAGACACAGAGCUGCUGCUUACUAUUAUCAGAUAACCGUGAUAUUCUAAUCGUGCAGUGCUCAGCUUUGGAGCAUUCGUCUCUUGAGUUAAGUGAUAGAAUAUACUUUUGUCCAGAUUUCGUUAAUUUUAAUUUUAAUUUUUUCCCCUCCCUCUGGAUCCGCCACUGGGUUUAUUUUGAUUUUCCUAGAGAUCGAGGCAAACAACCACUUACCUUAAGUAAGGUUAAGUAAGGUUCUUGAACACCAUAAAAUACGCGGGGAAAUCAUCAAUGGCCCCGCGAAACAUCGGCUGUUUUCUCAGCUUUGUAGUGAAAUACCUGUCCAGCUUUACGGCAUGUUACUUGACUGAUAACACUCAUUAGUUUAAUUCUCUUUUGUUUUUAAUAGCGGAUGGUUUUAACAGAAAAGUAAAUUUCGUUAGUCGGCAUUUUUAAUGUCACAUCGCAUUUAACUGAAAUAUGAAAAUUCAGGUCAUAUUUAAGUUGACAUGAGAACAAGGUAUUUGAACAAGAGAAAACCAGGGAUAGAAAAAGUAUUUGUAAACAGCUUAAUUGUAAAUCACUUGUAGUGUUAGGACCCUUAAGUCUCAAGGCUUAACGAGGCAGCGUGGAUAGAUUUACAGGACGUUAGAGACUGUACAGCAUGCUUUAUUCCACUGGCCUUUUAUUCUGCAGCUCGCUUUUUUAGGAGAAGUAUCCUAGGUACUACUGCCAACGAAAAAGUGAGGGAAAUUUGUGCGCUUGAUAUAGAAAUUAGUAGUAAAGAGCAGGGCCUCUCCUGAGGUCACUAUUAGCCUCUCAAAACACGAGGAAAUUAAAAGUCGUCCAUACAAUGUUUACAAAAUGUAAUUUAAAAACAUCUAAGAACGUUUUGAGGCUCAAAUCGCCUCAAAAAUAAGCAAGUUCAGUCUUGGCUCAGUCUCAGCUCAAAAUUAGGCGUUCUUACAUGGAGGGUCCUCAUUCAAUCUCGUCAUCUUGACCCAAAUAUAGAAAAGAUGUACCGUAUUUAUUCGAUUAACCGCCUUAAGCGCUUAUUAAAUUUUUGGACCUUGAAAGUGGGCGUUUAUUAAAUUUUCACCAUUUUCAGCAACUGUAGUAAUGUUUAUUUUCGCAACAAAACAACAUCAAAGCAAGGUUUCUGUAAACUACUCUGAAGAAAACUCCGUCUUUAGGGAAGUCAGUAAGUGAAUUCUCUGGUGCUGCCUCCUGGGUGUCCGACAUCGUAAAGCCGGCAAACGGGUUAGGUGCCCGAGAAGCAGAUACAGCUUUCUGGAUUGAUGCUAGGUGGUGGGCGCUUAUUCGAGGUUGGGCACUUAAUAACUUUUUCUGCCUUUAGGAUGGGCGCUUAUUCGAGGCGGGCGCUAAUUCGAGGUUGGGCGCUUAUUCGAAUAAAUACGGCAUGUAAAUAGUCAACCAGUAAGCCUCACAGCCGGUUGUGAUGUACAACCAGCACUAUGAUAAAUUUUGUUUCCGUUUUAUAGUUGGAAUUUGCAGUGUUUUUUGCUUCAGGCUUCAGGCUCAGUUCCUGUCUGAGAAAAAUUAGAAUGGAAAAAAGCAAAGAACAAAAUGGAAUCUUGCACUCCCACUGAGCCUAAGACCCUGUUUACAUGGAGUGGGGGACCCCGGUCUAGUGGGGUAGGUUUCUUUUGUUUUGUCUCCGCCAGAGCGUGAAAACAAAAGAAACCAACCCCACUAGACCGGGGUCCCCCACUCAAUGUAAACAGGCCCUAAGAGCUGAAGCUUCGACACUUUGAAACUUGUUCAUUGCUAUACAAUAUUUCUUAGCUAUGUAUAUUGCAUAAUGUCAUAGAAAAUUUUGUAGGCAUUUUAAUAAAGGUAAUUCAAGGUUUGUAGUUCGCCACAAGCCAUUUAAUUUCCGAGUUACUGGGCCUCUUUAUGAAAACGAGAUUAAGUGCUCAGCCUUUGAUAUGGAAAUGAUUUAUGCAAAUAACAGUCAUUAUCACAAGAAAAGUUAUGCACUUGGCCUCAUUUUGAAAGUGAGGGUUUUUGGAACUCGGAAGUGGCCUAUAACUGCGUUUUUUGUCAGAGUCGGUACACACGCGAAUGUCCGCCAGGUGGAGAAUUUAAUAAGGGACUUCAGCAAUGCGGGGAGACAUGAAUAUUCCUUCAUUUCGGCAACAGGCAUUAAAUCACGCACGGACCUAGCGCAGACUACUGGAACGAUCGAAGAAAUCGAGACCAGGUGGACUCGCGCGUGUGUGCAUCAACUCUUUUGAAAACGGCUUAUAUAAAGGGUUAUGCCUUUUUUUAUUUUAAACCAAAUGACUAAGAAAAUGCAUUCAGGCGAUGCCCUGCGCAAAUCCAAAGCGGCCCUUUGGUUGGUUAUCGAGUUCAAAGAAAUGUUUUUUCCUCAUAAAAUGCACAUAAAAAUGUGCAUCUCUGUGAUUCGUUGGUUCAGUUUAAAGUGAUAAUGUGGUUGAAGGAAUUUAGAGUUUCCACACAAUCUGUGGUACUGCAUCGGUGAGAGAGACUAACUCACAAAAAAAGUUUCAUCCAUUGAGUAUAUAAAAUUAAGUGACCACCGAGAAGAACCUUUAAAAGCUGAUGUUUGGAGUAGGGCCCAUAAAGGUAUAUCCGCCCUGGUUUCGGGCGCUUGCCCUCCGCUCUGAGGAAGGACAAACAUUCGAAACAGAGGUGCUCAUAGCAGACCAUAGAGCUGAUUUAGAAUGGUGCACGUCAAGUGUUAUGAAUUAUGCUUGUUAAUUAGGUAACAAAAGCUACUUAUGAUUAGCUUGCUGCUGUAUUAAACCGGAUUUAAGUAUAACGUAACUUUCUGUUGUAGCUUUUGUUCAUUAUUGUACGUUCUUUGCCGUCAGUUGUUUAACCAACUGACUUUGAAACUUUAAAAUUAAACUGAGUUCUGUGCAUAGUAGUCAACCCAAGUUGUCUAGUGUUGUGGAAUCCAGUGUAAGUUGAGACCUUUUCCUUGGCUUCUAUCGUCAAGAUUUUGAUUUGCAAAACAAUCUCAAUGGUCACUUGAAGAAAGCAGCCAAAAUUUGGGGACGCCAACACUGGUUUCUCUGCAAAAUGACGUUUGAAAAUGACUGCAGAAAUUUGAUACUGGCGACGUCGUGUGUCACUACCCAGAUCUGAGUAGUGCUUCUGAUUGCAAUUUUCCCUUCACUCAUGAUCAAUCAGAAGCACUACCCAGAACUAGGUGUUGGCACCUCACCAGUAUGAAAUUUCUGCAGUCAUUUCUCAGACGUCAUUUCACAGGGACACCAGUGGUGGUGUUGAAAACAGUCGGCUGUUUUCUCAGGCUAUCUGAUGGUUGUUCAGUUCAGUUGAUGCAAGGUUGUGAUGCAGCUGGGCGAGACCCAAGCAGCUGCUCUUUUCCCAAGGCCCCAUUUAUAUGGAGACAAGUUGUCAUGGGUAGAAGGGACAUUUCCUUACAAAAUGUGGUGAACUGUUUAGCACGUGAGAAACAAAAAGUUGGCCUCGCUUGAAGAUUGACCCGCCCAGCCAGGAGGAAGGGUGACCGCAUUGCUCCACCAUAAUGAUUUUGUACACUCCAAAAAAAAUGCAACAAUGCAUUAGCCAAAGUAAUAUAAAGGGAGGCGCGUCACGAAAAUGUACCCAAAUUCAGCCACUAAGACCUACAUGUAUGAACUGGUCACCAAACUGGGCUUGGGACGUACUGAUAACCGCUUCCAUUUUACAUUGUACUCACCAUCUGUCUUCUGAUUGGUUAAGAGCCUACAGCUAAUUUUGGAAACCAGGGCAACCUACAGAUCAGCAAGUUAUCUGCUAGCACAUAACUGACUAAUCUGUAGGUUUCGCAUGCAAUCCAUGAUUUCCAAUAACAACAUCAAUUCAGGUUCUUUGCGACAGUGUGUUUGUCGUUACUUUCUUCAAAACAACUUUUAGAUUUGGUUUUCGUGAUAAUCCUGAAUAAUCAAGGUCUCAGUAAGUGUUAUCAGCAUCGGCCUUCGGUUCGGCUGAUAACACUUACCUUGACCUUGAUUAUUCUGCAUAUCACCAAACUUUGUCCAAUAAUAAUUAUUACUGUUUAUAACAGUAGCACUCAAGGGAAAAUAAUACAGCCAGCACAAAAGAAGGCAUGCAUAGGCAAAUAAAAGAUUGAACUACAAGAAGGCUUCAAAAACUGCUCUGGCUAACAGCUAACAGUUUUUCAAGAUUAAAUAUCACAAGACUGGACUGUCAUAACAAUAUUCCCUUUUCAAAACUAAUAUGUGCAAUUGAGAGGUACUCCAAGAAGUGAGCAAAAAGCAAUUUUUUUUAAUAUCAAGACUCCUACAACAGGAUCACUACAAAUUUGACUCAGGGAUGACAGUUGUUGAACUACUGUUUCCUUUGAUGAAGACCCAGGUUUUUCAGAAGUAGUCAGGCUAUUGUAUCCUAUUAGUUCCUCGCUAGUUAUAUUCCUGAUCCGCCUUGGAACCCUGGUAGACGAAAUACGAGCUCCCCUAAAAACGCCUGCGUUGGAGGCUGCCAUGACCUACGCAAAAUUACAGUUUUGUUUGAAACUUACCUGUGAACGUUCAACUCUGUCAUCGUUUGACAGUGAAACAGAAAACAAAAACAAAAACAGACAUACGCAUUUUCAUAAGAAAAAGAUCCUUUGUUGUAGUUCAAUAACCAAUUAAAGAGAGCCGCUUUUGACAUACAGAGCGAGCUGAAACAGUCGCGACGUAGUUUGAAAGAACACGAAUUUACUUAGUAGAAGAUUGACGUUUUCGCGGCAGUCGCUGUCGUGGUAUCUUAAAACUCUCAAGUGGUAUAGACUAUUGAGCCCCGACAACUCAGGUGCGGGUCCUUUUAGUUUUUACCCAGAACAAUAACUAAAGAACCUUUGGAAGUCUUUUUUCCUAUCGGAACUAAGAUAAAACGUCAAGUACGGAAUUUAGCUUAGCUCUUGACAUUGGAAAUAAUUCGAAGCUGAACAUGCCAAUUGGAACACGCGAAGAAUGACGUCUGCCAAGAGAGAUCUGACCAUCUCAUCCUAGCUAGCGUAGCAUGGCGGUUUUGGUUGGGCGUGCUGGCUAAUCUCAUCCUAUUUCGCGUGAAGCUGUCUUGUCUGCAAUGCGUGAUGGGCAUACAAAUGUGCUAGUACUAAUCAAGAGCGGUUUUCAAGGAACCAAUCAGACAAACGUUUCCCGCCCUUGCUUAUCCACUUGCCUUAUUUAUGUCGCGGCCCGAGGUGGAUGUACUAAUCGCAGCAUACGCGUAUUGCGUUGCAUUGGCCCGUGGAAUUUUUAAUAUUAGAGACCAUUUAUAGAUUCGAGGACGAGAUUUGACUUACGGUUUUUCGCGUAUUCUGAAAAAAUAGACAUCAUGGAGAGCUUUAUUGUACCUCUUUUUUACAAGAAACCUCAACACAUUUUCGUCUUUAUUGAAGGAGGUUAAGCCCACUGAUAAAACUUCUAAAAUCUGAUAAUUGUUCCCCGCAGUACGAUUAUUCAAGCUAAACUGAAAAAUGACGACGGUUAUCACAUUUUCCCGCCAAAAUGCCUCUGGUUCAAGGGCGCGCACUACUUUAAAUAAUAGUCACUGCUUAGUAUUGAGAAAAUCUCCGUCUGUUCGAAGUCGUCUCAGUUCUGUGGCAUUGUUCACACUAUACUGAAUAGCUGUUCGCGGUCCCAGGAAAAGCUAUUCAGUAUAAUAUGAACAGCAACGGUCCGGGGCCGCAACAAGUCUUUCACACACAUCAAACAUCGUCUUGGUGUUGUUGGCCGAAUGGGUUUGGUGCACUUAAUUUCAGUCCUCAGUCCUGAAUAUUUACUUCCGCCUUACUGGGUUCCAGUUCUCGCUCCUACUUAUUUCCGCGACAGACCUGAUAGGUGGUCAUGCUACAUUUAAGUAUGGCUAAAAACCUAUCCGAUAUGUGAAGGUCCGUUUUCGAGAUCGGCGCAGCGUAGCUUCCCUCCGUCACAGGAAUCGCGCCGAAAUCACCGUUGUGGCGUGUGAACAGAAGCUCUAUUCGGUAUGAUUUUCGUGGCCGAGAAAAAAGCAACUCGGUAUAAUUUGACUAUAGCCGUAGAAUCGGAAGGUCUCUAUUGUUUUUAAGCUAAAAGACAAUUAAACAUAACAGCAGGCAACUAUUAGUUUUACGCUAUUAUCACACUGCACCGGAUCGGUUUAUCGUGUUGACAUGAAAAUGCCGCUCCGGUCUGCUUUAAACACCUGCUUACACUACCACGAAGAAUGGCGCAGAGACCUAUCCGAUAUAUGACGAUCAACCUUCGGCAAGAUCGUGCGACCCAGCUUCACUCCGUCAUUAUAGAAACCGCUCCAAAAUCACCGUUUUUAUGUGUGAAAACCAGUGUUUGUCAGUGGAACUUGGAUUCUGGAUUCCAAUCGUUCGUGGGAUUCCGGAUUCCUUGAGGUGCAUUCCCGAUUCCAAAGCCCAGGAUUCCAGAUUUCACAGGCAAAAAUUUCCUGGAUUCAGGAAUCAGGGUUCUCUAUCAUAGGGCGAAAAACACAUUACCAUAUACAGAGGAAAGGAGAAAAAACAAAAUGAUAGAUAUACACCCUGGUAAUCUAUCUACGAAGAGAAGAUUAAAUACUUUCCAACAUUCAACUAAAUCGAUUUUUAACGUGCUUUGCAGAGUCGGCCAGCUGUUUGCUAUGCACAGUUUUCAUUUUUAAUAAUUUAAAGAGGCGGCUUGUUUUAUUCAUAAACAGUUAAUAUUACGGCAACUGUCAUAAAAGGGACCUUCUGCAUGAAAACAUUUUUCGUCUCUAAAUACGCAGGGGCGGUCAUAAACGCUAAUUGCUUCAAUAUAUUUUCUCAAAACUCCCUUAAUAUGCUAGAAAGUUUAAAUGGUGAACUUCCCUAAAACUUGUCAAACAAACCUUUUAUUAAAACGUUCUGUUAAUUGUCGACUGAAUUUAAACAAGACAUUUGCGAGUUCACAAAACUUGCCAGUUGUUUUCAUUUAAGCAUUUAAUAACGUUUGGUUAACAGCUGUCUUUCGCGAAGAUCAAGUUUGAUCUCGAUAUUCAUGCAACAGUUAAGAGAUAUUCUCUUUUAGAAAAAAAUAAAAAACCAAAAUAAUUCAAAAUAACUCCUCCUAACGGGGAAUACAACCGUUUAGUAAUAGUUAACACUACAUCUGCCCCCGCUCUGUAUUUGUCGGUCAUAUUGUAGCCUCAGUCUUUGUGUAAGCUCUUUGAAACACACCGAUUCAUAUUGAACGUUUUCACACAUUAAACAUAUACAAUAGGUGAAAUAAAAGCAGGGAACGCAAGAUUCCAAGCACUGAGUCAGGUUGAUCAUUACUUAGCGUUGAUCAAAACAAAUAUAAACACACUCAGCUCGACGUUUCGAGAAUUUUUUUCACACGCAUUCUAGUCUAGUUUCAGGACAGAAUUUCGGGAAAUUUCUGUAAUCGUCUACCCUACGAGAAGAGUCUACAUUUUCGCGGUGUGAGCUGCCGAGCGACAAGUACUGCUACACUCUAACUUUAACUGUAAAAAAAAUUGAUGUAGCCUCUGCUCGCAGGGUAUAGUAAUAGUCCAUCGAUUCCUCGAGGCCCCUGUUUAAGCAAAUCGAGAUUUUUUCUGGUAUACUAACUGCAUGUUGUAACUGUAAGUAGUUUCCUAUAUAGACGCGCGCGCUACUAGGAUACGUAUUUGUAAUAUCAGGGCAGAUCCUUGAAUUGCGUAAUAUUCUUGUUAUUUCAAAUUUAAUAAAAGGCACCCAACAAGUGCAUGUGUUACGCCGAUAAAGGUUUUUUGGAAGGAGAGAACUCACUAAACGUUUUAAAGUAAAAAACGGCCUUACUCCAAAAGAUCCGUAUUAAACAGUGAAACAAAAAUUGGCAGCUAAGAUAAAGUUUCAAUCGAAAUGAUAUCCGGCUUUUAUAUAUUAUUAAAAAUAUGCCAAACUAAAAAUAUCCACUAAAUUGAAGUUAAGUAAAAUGUUACUUUGAAAUUAACUGAGUCUGCUCAUAUCAUACUGCUGCUCAUACUCCAACUGAACAAGACGCACAAUCCAAGUGCAAUGACAAAAACUAAAACAUGAUAAAACUGUGAAAGGUUUGAACCCAGGAGUCAUUUCAAAAGGAGGUUGAGUUUGAUCGUCCGGGUGAACGUAGUCCUGAAUAGGCCUAUUGUUGUUGACAGUGACUUGACAGUGUUGUUUACAGUCACUGUCAAAAACAACAGUCCUAUUCAGGACUACGUUCACCCGGACGAUCAAACUCAACCUACUUUUAAAACGUGAUAAUUGUUUUUUUAUAAUAUUUUUUAAUUCUCAGUUCUUUCGGGAGAUAUUUAACAAGAAAGCUUCAAAACGCACGGCCGUUUUGGCAGAUGUUAAGAAAUUUAAUGCAAAUAGUGGCUAGCUGUAUUAAAGGCAAUUAGAGUUGAUAAAUAAAACUGAAACUGAAGGGAAGUCAAAAAUAACGAACAGGUUUUAAUUUUGCUGGCUGUUGCUGUUAACUUGGAAAAUUAAUUAACACGACAACUGAUAUCAGAAAGUGUCAAACUGAACUCAGUGGACUACCAGUUCGUGACAUCUCAGUUUUAAAUUAAGACGAAAGUCGAGAAGGGUAGCAUUCUGGCAAAUUCAUCCGGCAUGGCUGGUUGUUUCUUGUCCGUUCAAGCACUCUUCUUGACGUGCCUCUUCUGGGGAGCUUGGCUAAGCUGCAUUACUAGUGCAAAUCAAGGUAUGACUAAAGCCAACUGUUAAUAUAUGCACACACCUUAUACAUUCACCUUCAUUCUUGUUUUGCUACUAGGUGUAAUAUUUUCAAAAAAACUUUUAAAGAGGACUUUUUUUUUUCAUCUUUUUUCAUAAACAAGACUUAAGUACUUUACCAAACAUACAGCUUAAUUUUAUAACCUUCGCUGCCUCCCAUUCGGAAAAAAGUUGCAACCCAACAUAGAAGUUCCCUUAUUUUUGGCUAAAUUUGUGGAUACAGUAUACUACUGCUUAGAACGUCAUGCGGUACGUUAAAAACCAAAUCUAAAAGAGAAAAAGCCAAGGCGGGAUAGAUUACGAUGUAGCAGGUCAACAAAAUUCUUGAAGACGGUUUCGACGGCACUGGAGAAGUCUUUUUGAAAUGACUUUUAUGUUUUUAUAUAAAAGUCAUUAUCGUUUAGUUCAAAAUGUUUGACUACAUACCCCUAAAUUCGUUACAACCAUAAGGAAAGAAAAUUCUUGAGAACUUAAAAUAGAAUAACUGCAACGAUUAUCUGAAAAGUUCAAAACUCAAGCUAAGGUUAAUGAGAGAAAAAACACAGACCGGUCGUAGCUAUGACAGGAAAAGUUUUGUUUGCACUUUCAUAAAUCAUACUUCUAGUUAUUCAUGCAAACCUUUCUCUUUUGACGACAAUCAAUGACUCAACUGAACCUUUCCCACGUAGCAGAAGAAAAAACGCUAAAAUUCUUACUUGGAAUCAGCAUCAGACAUUCUUUUUUCUGCACCGAAGCCAACCUUAAACGUUAAAUAACAGAUUACCAAACUUUGAACAAAAUCUAUAUCUAGUACAAUUUUAGACGCGUAUUUUUAUGCAUAAUAUUCAACUAGGAAAGGGAAAAAAGUGACGAAAAAAAUGCAGCUGCGUUGUCGUGCUUACAGCACAAACGAUCAUGUACGGCAACAUAGAUUAGCCAACAUUUAUUGUGCCCGCCCAAGGGGGAUGGGGGAUGUGUUUCUAGAACCACAUCAGUUGGAAAUUAAAAACUGUUUUUAAAAAAAACACCUUGAAAUUCGGUGUCGAAUUUUAGAAGGGGUAGGAUGAUCGAGAUGGUUUAAGAGCCUUAUAGGCUCUUUCUCUUAUACUGAACUUUAAAUCAACAAUUAAAUGACUGUACAACUACAUCAAUUUGACGUUGCCGUGGAGACGACAAAGCUUCCCCUUUGAAAUGCAACAAUUUACUCACUGCAUAAAAGAUUAUAAACUAAAAGAAAGGCCGAAAUUAAGCGACAACAGUUUGACGGUUGUCAUGACGUAUUUUAUUUAAAUUCCUAGUUAGUGAUCCUUCAAGAAACUUAUUAAUUAGUUAUUUCGUUUUGUUAUUUACUUCGGUCGGUGGGAAAGCUCCUGUAGGUUGUCUAACGGCUUCGACAUGGCAGACUAUUAUUUCUGGCGAAAUUUUUCGGGGAAAAUCCCUUUUUGUCAUUCAAAAACUCGCUGGGGUAGGCAAAAGUCUGAAAGUAAAAAAAAAAAAAAAAAAAAAAAAAACUAAAAGCUUCCAACAUACCUCACAUCAGUUCUCUCUCCGGCGAUCGAUAGCUUCUGAUCAUUUCACAGAUACUCCAUUUUAGUUCCAAAGUUUUUAAAAUUUCAUUGUGGAAUAUUUAGCUGCUUUACAUUCAUGGUAACCUGUUCUUGUUGUUGUUGUUGUUGGUGCUGUUAUGUUUUUGUUCAGCAAGCAGUCUGCAAAGGAUCGGUUAUUCAUUUAUAAACAAUCACGGUCGAGGAGCGUGGGAGAACGAAAGAGUGCAUUGAUGUUUUUUUAAGGUGUUCUCUGAAUUAGCGUGGGUGAAAUUAGUAAAGGAAUAUUAAAAAAAGACUAAGUGGUUGAGACGCUCUGCGUUCAGUUAAUCUUACAAGUGUGGUGGGUGAGGGCGACCUUGAAAGCCGCUAGCAGACCUAGAAAGACCUAUUUCUUGCUGCGGUGAAAGACAAUACUCCAAACAAGCGAUUGAGAGGUCGAAACCCUGUGCCCUGGCUCGCAGGUGCCGUUAUCAAUCUUAUCAAGAAAGAGGAAACCGUACGCAGGAAACUAAACUAGCACCCGUCGGAGUCACUAAAAGUCAAAUUUCAAACUCUGCGUUCACAAGUAAAGCGAGCGAUCAGAGAAAGCAGGGACGAGUUCUUUGAGUCUGCUAACAUCGAGUUCAAGAUCAAUCCCAAACGCCUCUGGUCAGUAUUAAAAACUCGCUCAAAGUCGCGCAACAUACCACAAAGUGUCUCCAUGGCAACUGGUAACCUACGUGCAACCGCUGACACCCCAGAAGAAAACGCAGACAUUUUUAAUAGCUAUUUCACUUCAGUGUUCUCUGUUCCUCAAGAGGACAAAGUAGAUCACGGCGCAGGGAAAUUCCCUGCUGCAGAACCCCCCUUUAGCGAUAUUGUCUUGCACGUCCGCGAAGUUGAGGCUGUCCUAAAAUCACUAGACCCAAACAAAGCCACUGGUCCAGAUGAGAUCCCGGCUAGAAUCCUAAAGGAAAUCGCCACUACUAUUGCUCCAUCACUAUGCAAGCUGUUCAACAGGUCUCUGGGAAAAGGCUAGAUACCGUCUGAGUGGAAAUUGGCCAACGUAGUGCCUGUCUAUAAGAAGGAUGAAAAAGAUCAUGUUGAAAACUAUAGGCCUAUCUCCCUACUUUGCAUUAUUUCUAAAGUCAUCGAACGUUGUGUCUUGAACCGCAUCAAUGACCGAUUAGAGGAUCUUAUUGCGGACUGUCAGCACGGGUUUCGGAGUGGACGCUCAUGUGUCACAAAUUUACUAGAGACCCUAGAUUACAUCGGUGCUAUUCUUGAUAGAGCUGGUCAAGUAGAUUGUGUGUAUUUAGACAUGUCCAAAGCCUUUGAUAAAGUUAGACAUGACCUCCUUAUGGAAAAACUGUGGGGUUCUGGCUUCGGAGGGAACCUGCUCACAUGGUUUCAUGCAUGUCUCUGUGGCAGUCGCCAAUGCGUCACCGUAUUAGGAGCGACAUCAUCACGUGACCUACCUGUUACCUCUGGAGUCCCACAGGGAUCAAUACUCGGACCUGCUCUCUUCUUGUUAUAUGUGAACAACCUACCAGAUUCUAUCCUCAAUAGCAAAGUGGCAAUGUUUGCAGAUGGCAAGGUAGUGAUGUCUGUGGAUGAUGGCGCCGCUCUCCAACAAGAUCUGGAUAAUCUGUCUUCAUGGUCCGCUGCCUAUGGCCUAGCCUUCAAUGAUAAGAAAUGCAAGCUUCAGACCAUUACGAGGAAGCGCAAGCCUAUCUGGACGAGCUACGAGGUUAACCAGGAGGUUAACGGCAGUACCGUCAAGUCAUGUGACGUAGAGCGUGACCUUGGCGUCUCCUUGGACUGUGACUUGACUUGGCACGCCCAAGUCUCUCACCAAGCUGCACGCGCAAACAAGUUGUUAGGUUUCGUUAGGAGGAACUCUAGGUUUAUUCACAGUACUUCCGUAAGGCGCACAUUAUACCUCGGGCUAGUUCGUACUCAUCUUGGCUACGCAACACAGAUCUGGGCGCCCCAAGGCAUUGAACUAAUUUCUUAACUCGAAAGUAUCCAAAGACGUGCCAUCAAAUUCAUUCUUUGCUUGCCUUUUUUAACAAAUAUCUCUUACAAAGAAAGACUAAUGUCUGUAAACCUACUUUCUGCUACUCGCACGAGUUACUAGAUCUAGUACACUUUUACAAGGCUACGCAUAAUAUGAUUCACUAGUCUGUGGUUCCCUUUGUGCGCGAAUGCGCGCGAAGGACCCGUAUAUCCCUAGCGAGCUCUUAAUCGUUUGUGCCUAAAAUGCAGGCCUUCUACCUUUCAGAAAUCUUUUUUCAUUAGAACCACUAGAAUCUGGAACUUGCUUAUUACUAGACUUGACCUAGAUAAUGUUACUCUUGAGUACUUUAAAUCUGUUCUUUACGGUUAUUACUUGCGGUUUCUAGCAAUAAACUAUGACCCGGACUCUCCAAGGAGCUUCAAAAGUAUUUGCUUGAAAUGUAACACAGCCAGGUUUUUAGACCAAGAAAUUAGCUGCUGCAUGUGAUUUAAAUUGCUACUUUUAUAUCCUAUUAUUUUUUGGGUCGGCAGUAAUUGGCUUUAGCUGUUGCGGUGUCCCUGCCCAAAUAUUUAAGUUAUUAUUAGUGUAUUCUUACGUUCUUAUUACUAUUAUUUGCAUAUCUUCAGUGUCUUUUUUUCCUGUAUUCUUCAGGGUAAAGCUAAUAAAAUAAAUAAAAUAAAAUAGACGUUAACAUCGCUAUUUUUUUUUUUAGAUACCUGUGGCCACAUUCGGUAUUUGAAGUUUUUUGAUCGGGAGUAUGGCCUUUAUAUGUAUCUUCAAGGCCACACCUUUUUAAACCUUUCCAUUGGAGCAGGCAAAUCUUGCGAAACGGAAUGUCUUUACCGGAGAGAGUGCGUGGCAAUCAACAUUGGUCCAGCAAUUAAUGAUAUGAGGGUCUGUGAGUUGUGCAACUCAGAUCACAUACAGCAUCCUAAUGAUUUAAAACGAAGAGAACGUUGGACGUAUAAAGGUACACAGGUAUGGCGAAUUUCACUGGAAUAAAUUAAUGACGGCAAUGGUUGUGAAUUAUCUUGUGGUAAGCGUUUAACUGUUCAUAGCCCAAAAAGUGAAGUUUUAGCUAUGGACGUGAUGAUGACAAUGACGAUCAAAAGAUAGUGAUGACGACCCUUGGGUGUCAGAGACUUUUCAUAUGCGGUUUCCUGUUUCGGUUUACUGUUAUAGUGACCGCUCGUGUCUUGGGUUCUCUCCCGAAGAUUGCACUUGUCCGUCUUCCCUCCAGACAGGGGGAACCAACCAAAACUUUUACAAAGUCUAGCCAAAGAUCUGUUGAGCGGCGAUGAAGAAGACAUAAAAGAAUGAUGAGAAUGGUAAUGGAGAGCAUUGACUACUUGCAGUCUCUCAGGAUGGUCGCGCGCGCGAAAAUGUUACGUGUGAGCGAGCGAGCGAGGCAAACGCACAAGGGGGAAGCCGGAAAAGGAAAAAGCCCCUCUCCAGUUCCCUUCGCGAGGAUCUGAAUGGGGGUACCUAGAUAACACUAAACACUUCAUUUUUUGGCUUUUUAACAUUUUAGGCAUUUUAACAUUCGACAGACUGAAAAGGGAACUGCUCGAAGUCUACAAUAUAAUAUUAAAAUUUCAUGAGUCUAAAUUACGCUUUCAUUUUCACUAGAAUAUUUGUGCCUACAAACCUUGCUUGAACAAUGCAAAGUGUUUCCUUGGAUAUACGGAUAAGGGGUUUCUUUGCGAAUGCCAGUCUGGUUACACGGGAGAACUCUGCGAAACAGGUAAUUAUGUGGCCAGCAAACGCAGACAUAUUCAGUCCUGUUUUCGCUUGACUGCGCCACAAUAAUACUUUUCGGGCAGAAACAAACUGGAAAUACGUCUACGUCUACGUCUCUCAUAGACGGAAUCGCCAGAUAGUAAACUAGAAACUUACCGUGGCCCGUUGCUUCGAGAUCCCUCGAGGUGGUUAGAAAAACCAAAGUGUAUCUUACCCAGAAAUGGAGGACAUAUGAAUGUUGCUUACUAAGAAAUAAUCAACGUUGUCAGGGUUAGAAAACGUCUGUGGGGGGGUUCUGCAGCAACGUUUUAUCCUGGAAAGCUCCACCCUGAGGUCUAGCUCCUUACCCUUCUAUAUAACAUUUUUUUAGAGAAAAGGUAUCCCUCCCUUACCCAGUACCCUCCAUUGACAAAUGGUACCUCUUUCAAAUACCUAUUUUAGAACUUUGCAUUACUUUUAGCAACUGAAAAUGUACUGUCUUUAAACUGUGAAUAAAUCACAAAAGCAGGAAAUGUUCUCGACUUUUUCACAGACCAAAAUGACACAGAUUUCCCUACCCUCUCGUAUACUUAAACUCGUGAAAUCCUUACCCUUUCAAACUCUUGAAGUCUGGAAAAGGUACCACUUUCGGGUGGAGCUUCCCCUUUUAAGCUAUUGUAGGAGAUACCCCCCGGGAUUUAUGCUUGCUCUUCUCGACAUGAGAGAAACAAUCACUCUUCCUUGAAGCAAUCAGCAUGCUACAAAAUUGAUUAUUUUCUUGAGUUGAAUGUCUAGGUAACGGUGUGCGAGGUUGGUGGCUUGUAUUGUUUUCUUUUUUUUAUAUUAGACCUGGACGAAUGCGAGGAUAAAACUCAUCAAUGUGACGUAAAUGCGAACUGUACCAACAUUCCUGGCUCUUACAACUGCACGUGCAGGCCUGGCUACACAGGAAAUGGGAGCAUUUGUAAUGGUAUAAUUAACUAUCCAAGACUUCACUUCAUUUUUCUGCAAGUAAUUUAGUCUUCUUUGUAACUUAAUAUUUUCUACUCCCUCCAGAAAUUGAUGAAUGCAAGGAUGGAAGUCAUGAUUGUCACAUAAAUGCCAACUGUACCAACAUUCCUGGCUCUUACAACUGCACUUGUAGGCCUGGCUACACAGGAAAUGGGAGCAUUUGUAAUGGUAUAGUUAACUAUCCAAGCCUUCACCUCAUUUUUCUGCAAGUAGCUAAGUUUUCUUAGUAACUUAAUAUUCUACUCCCUCCAGAAACUGAUGAAUGCAAGGAUGGAAGUGGACCUGCGUAGCAGGCGAAGGGAAGUAUUUGGGAGCAAGAAAAAAACGGGUGGUGUCCCCCUCUUUCUUGCGCUCACUACUUCCAAGGACAUGCUACGCAGGCUAGAAUGGAAGUCAUGACUGUCACAUAUAUGCGAACUGUACCAACAUUUCUGGCUCUUACAACUGGACGGGCAUUCAUGGCUACCAAGGCAGUGGGAGCAUUUGUAAAGGUAAAACUUGGUGAUAAAUGUCAUGAUAAGAUUUAAUUUAUAUUCGUUUCUUUUUUUUCUUUUUCUUAUUCAGACAUCGAUGAAUGCGAAAAGGGAAGCCAUGAUUGCCACAUAAAUGCGAACUGUACAAACACGGCUGGCUCUUACAACUGCACAUGUAGGCCUGGCUACACAGGCAAUGGGAGCAUUUGUGAAGGUAAAAAUUUGCCGGUUAAUUUUUAUGACGCACCUUUAUAGAGUCAGGGCUUAUAGUAGUUCCCUCUGGUAGUACUCUCUUUGAUACUCUUUCGCUAGUUACACUUACACUUAGAAAAACCAAGAUGGUCACCUGUUACAGACUUGAACAAGGAAAAUGUUGUCUUGGAUAUACGCACUGAGGUACUUUUCCAAAUGCCAGUCUUGGAUAGAAAACAUGUCUGUCCCGGGAUUGGGGGAAUUCCGCAGCAAAGUUUUAUUCUGGGAAGCUCUGCCCUGAGGUCCAGUUCCUUACCCUUCUGAAUAUUUUUUUUUUAAGAAAAAAGGUACCCCUCCCUUACACAGUACCUUCCACUGACAAAUGGUAUCUGUUUCAAAUACCUAGUUUAGAACUUUCCAUUUCUUUUACUGCUGUAAUUGUCCUGUCUUUAAACUGCAAAUACAUCACAAAACUGGCCAGGAAAUUUUCUCGACUUUUUCACAGCCAUAAAAUCCUUCUGUUAGCCCUUUUAGGUCCUUUUACAGACCAAAAUGACACAGAUUUCCCUACCCUCUCAUAUACUUCAACUAUUAAAAUCCUAAACCCUUUCAUACACCUGAAGUCUGGAAGAGGUACCCCUUUCGAAAUUCGGACGAAGCUUCCCCGUAGAAGCCAUUAUAGGGGAUACCCCUCGCGAUUUAUGCUUGCUCUUCUCGCAAAGAGUGAAACAAUCAGUCUUCCCUGAAGUAAUCACCAUGCUACAAAAUUGAUUAUUUUCUUGCGUUGAAUGUCUACGUUUAUAUACGAUGUACGAGGUUGGUGGCUUGUAUUGUUUUCUUUUCUUUUUUUUUUUAGACCUGGACGAAUGCAAGGAUAAAACUCAUCAGUGUGACGUAAAUGCGAACUGUACCAACAUUCCUGGCUCAUAUAACUGCACGUGCAGGCCUGGCUACACAGGAAAUGGGCGCAUUUGUCACGGUAUAAUCAGCUACCCAUUAGCCCUCACUUCAUUUUUCUGCAAGUAGUUUAGUUUUCUUUGCAACUUAAUAUUUUCUACUUCCUCCAGAAAUUGAUGAAUGCAAGGAUGGAAGCCAUGAUUGUCACAUAAACGCGAGCUGUACCAACAUUCCUGGCUCUUACAACUGCACAUGCAGGCCUGGCUACCAAGGCAAUGGGAGCAUUUGUCAAGGUAAAAAUUUGCCAGUUAAUUUUUAUGACGCGCCCUUAUAGAGUCAGGGCUUAUAGUAGUUCCCUUUGGUAGUACACCCUUUGAUACUCUUUCGCUAGUCAUACACUUACACUUAAAAAACCAAGAUGGUCACCUGUUACAGACUUGAACAAGGAAAAUGUUUUCUAGGAUAUACGGACAAGAGGUUCUUUUGCAAAUGCCAGUCUGGGAUAGAAAACGUCGGUGUCACGGGGGUGGGGGGAAUUCCGCAGCAAAGUUUUAUCCUGGGAAUUAAGCUCCGCCCUGAGGUCCAGCUCCUUACCUUUCCGUAUAUCUUUUUUAAGAGAAAAGACACCCCUCCCUUAAACAGUACCUUCCAUUGACAAAUGCAUGGUACCCCUUUCAAAUACCUAGUUUAGAACUUUCCAUUCCCUGUGAAUAAAUCACAAAACUGGACAGGAAAUUUUCUCGACUUUUUCACAGACAUAAAAUCCUUCUGUUAGCCCUUUUAGGUCCGUUUACAGACCGAAAUGGCACAGAUUUCACUAUUGAAAUCCUAAACCCUUUUAUACACCUGAAGUCUGGAAGAGGUACCUCUUUUGCCUGAUUCGGACGAAGCUUCUCCUUAGAAGCCAUUUUAGGGGGUACCCCUCGGGAUUUAUGCUCGCUCUUGUCGCAAAGAGUGAAACAAUCAGUCUUCCCUGAAGUAAUCACCAUGCUACAAAAUUGAUUAUUUUCUUGCGUUGAAUGUCUACGUUUAUAUACGAUGUACGAGGUUGGUGGCUUGUAUUGUUUUCUUUUCUUUUUUUUUAGACCUGGACGAAUGCAAGGAUAAAACUCAUCAGUGUGACGUAAAUGCGAACUGUACCAACAUUCCUGGCUCAUAUAACUGCACGUGCAGGCCUGGCUACACAGGAAAUGGGAGAAUUUGUAAUGGUAUAAUUAGCUACCCAAGCCUUCACUUCAUUUUUCUGCAAGUAAUUUAGUUUUCUUUGCAACUUAAUAUUUUCUACUUCCUCCAGAAAUUGAUGAAUGCAAGGAUGGAAGUCAUGACUGUCACAUAAAUGCGAGCUGUACCAACAUUCCUGGCUCUUACAACUGCACGUGCAGGCCUGGCUACCAAGGCAAUGGGAGCAUUUGUCAAGGU